AAUACAAUAACCAUUCCUCCUCUUUACAGAUGCAGAUAGUAAAAUCAGUGUCAAAUUUGGUGUCCUUUUAAAUGAUGACCAGUUUGCCAACCUCUUUGAGGCACUCGUUGGAACAUUGAAAGCAGCCAAGCGAAAGAUCAUUACAUUUCAGGUGAUAAAUAUAAAACAAGAGUGACAACCUAGGAAUCAGAGGAGUCUCAGUGGUGACAUGGAUUUGAAGGUAAUGACCAGCCCUGAAGAGAUCGCUGAGCUCUACCGGGAGCAGAGUCACUUCCCAUCCCUGAGCCGUGCCGAUGUGGGGCCAGUAAUUACCUCUCAGUAUGGAGGAAAGUACAGCAACAUAUCCACAGAGUGGACUCAGCGGGAUCUGGAAAGGAAUGAGAUUGUUAAAUUUUGCCGGCAGUACGUUGUGUUUCAUGAUGACAUAUUGAUAGUCUACUCUGGACCCUCUGGUAACUGCACAGAGAUCACAGGAGAGCUACUGAGCCAGGACUCUCCUUCUGGAGAGAUGAAGGCUGUAGUGAGGGAGUGUUCCAUUAAAGGAGAGGAAAAACAGUUUAUUGAGAUCUGGCAUAAGAACAGUAAGAUCAAAAGUCUCAACCUGACUGCACUGAAAAAGCAUGGAAAGGUGUAUGAAGAUGAACAGUUUGGCUGCUUGGUCUGGUCUCACUCUGAGACUCAUCUCCUAUAUGUGGCUGAAAAAAAACGUCCCAAGACAGAAUCUUACUUCCAGUCUGAAUCCAGUUUGCUAGGUGAUGAUGAGGCUGAUAAGAAGGAAGAUACUGUCAAGGGUAACCAAUUUGUUUAUUAUGAGGACUGGGGUGAGACUUUGGUCAGUAAGAGCACGCCUGUUCUUUGCAUUUUGGAUAUUGAAGGCAACAACGUUUCUGUCUUAGAGGGAGUACCAGAUGAUAUUUCCCCUGGACAGGCAUUCUGGGCUCCAAAUGACACAGGUGUGGUGUUUUUAGGAUGGUGGCACGAGCCAUUCAGAUUGGGCCUGAAAUACUGCCCCAAUAGAAGGUCUUCUCUCUUUUAUGUGGAUCUUACUGGUGGAAAAUGUGAACAGUUGUCUGACUCUGCUGCAGUCUGCUCUCCUCGUCUAAGUCCAGAUCACUGCCGCAUUGUCUAUUUUCAGUGUGAUGUUUAUGGCCCACAUCAGCAAUGCAACAAGCUUUGCAUGUAUGACUGGUAUACAAAGAAGACAUCAGUUGUAGUUGAUGUUGUCAAGAGAAGCAGAGAAGGUGGAUUUACUGGUAUCUACAGCUCCAUGCUGUCUCCUCAGUGUUGGUCAGCUGACAGCCAGAGAAUUCUUAUAUCAUCUGCUCAGAGAAGCCGCAAGGACCUACUAGUGGUUGAUACUUCCACAGGCCAUGUAACAUCUCUCACCUCUAAGUUAGACAUGGGAAGUUGGUGCUUGCUGACUAUCCACAGAGAUUUGAUGGUGGUCAGCUGCUCAUCUCCAAACUGUCCUCCAAGUCUGAGGGUGGGCUUUUUGCCAGCAAGUGGCUCAGAAGAAGAGGUGUCAUGGGUGACACUAGAGGAUGCUGUAAUGCAGCCUGAAUUUGACUGGCAGGUUCUUAGUUUCACCCCACCUCCAGAGGAGGACAACAAACAAUACCCUGGUCUGGACUUUGAUGCCAUUCUACUGAAACCAAAGAAUGUGAAAGAGGGAACAAAACUACCACUUGUUGUCAAACCACAUGGUGGACCUCACGCAGUAAUAGUGACAGAGUGGCUCUUAGGCUCAGCAGUUCUCUGCAGGAUGGGUUUUGGUGUCUUACAUGUUAAUUACAGAGGCUCUAUUGGCUAUGGUCAGGACAGUGUCUACUCUCUGCCUGGAAAUGUCGGCACCCAAGAUGUCAAAGAUGUACAGUUUGCUGUUGAAAGCAUUUUAAAGCGGGGCGACUUCGACAGAGAGAAGGUUGUUGUUAUAGGGGGCUCCCAUGGAGGAUUCUUGGCUUGUCACCUAAUUGGUCAAUACCCAGAAUUUUACAAAGCAUGUGUUGCUCUGAAUCCAGUCACCAACCUGGCAUCCAUGAUUGGCAGUACUGACAUUCCUGACUGGUGUAUGGUGGAAGCUGGAUUUGAUUAUAACACUAAUACCAUGCUGAGCUCUACUAUGCUGGAGCAAAUGUUAAACAAGUCACCCAUCAAACAUGUCACACAGGUUAAGACUCCUGUGCUGCUUACCUUGGGAGCAGAGGAUAAGCGUGUGCCUAAUAAGCAGGGCAUUGAGUACUACAAAGCUCUGAAGGCUUUGCAAGUACCUGUCAGGUUGUUGUGGUAUCCAGAUAACAACCACUCUCUGUCCAAAGUUGAUGCUGAAUCAGAUGGAUUUAUAAACAUUGCACUGUGGAUCAUCCAGCAUCUCCAUCUAUAAUCACCAGAGACAUCAGAUAUAAGAUAAUAAUAAAUUUAAUCAGAUGACACAAGCUGUUGUCAGGUUUAUUAAGGUUGUGAAGAUGAUAAUUAAGAGUGUCUUAUCCAAUUUGUUAGACUGCAAGUCGUUAAAAAUAUUGUACAGCUACACUAAUGUUUUACAUCAAGUUUAAAAGAGACCUUUAAACAGUAGUAGUACUACACACACAUACAUACAUACACAUACACACACAUACAAAUAUACACACACAGUGGGGAGAACAAGUAUUUGAUACACAAGUAUUUGAUUUUGGCCCACUCUUCCAUAUAGACCUUCUCCAGAUCCUUCAGGUUUCGGGGCUGUCGCUGGGCAAUACGGACUUUCAGCUUCCUCCAAAGAUUUUCUAUUGGCUUCAGGUCUGGAGACUGGCUAGGCAACUCGAAGGACCUUGUUGAAGGACUUAGUUGCACAGGCUGUGUGUUUUGGGUCGUUGUCAUGCUGGAAGACCCAGCCAUGACCCAUCUUCAGUGCUCUUACUGAGGGGAGGAGGUUGUUGGCCAAGAUCUCGCGAUACAUGGCCCCAUCCAUCCUCCCCUCAGAACGGUGCAGUCGUCCUGUCCCCUUUGCAGAAAAGCAUCCCAAAGAAUGAUGUUUCCACCUCCAUGCUUCACGGUUGGGAUGGUGUUCUUGGGGUUAAACUCAUCCUUCUUCCUUCAAACAUGGCGAGUGGAGGUUAGACCAAAAAGCUUUAUUUUUGUCUCAACAGACAACAUGACCUCCCAUUCCUCCUCUGGAUCAUCCAGUUGGUCAUUGGCAAACUUCAGACAGGCUUGGACAUGUACUGGCUUAAGCAGGUGGACAUUGUGUGUGCUGCAGAAUUUUAAUCCAUGACUGCGUAGUGUGUUACUAAUGGUCUCUUCGGGUCAUUGACCAGGUCCUGCUGUAUUGUUCUGGGCUGAUCCCUCACCUUCCUCAUGAUCAUUGACACCCCACAAGGUGAGAUCUUGCAUGGUGCCCCAGACCGAGGAAGAUUGACCGUCAUCUUGAACAUCUUACAUUUUCUAAUAAUUGCACCAACAGUUAUUGCCUUCUCACCAAGCUGCUUGCCUAUUGUCCUGUAGCCCAUCCCAGCCUUGUGCAGGUCUACAGUUUUAUCCCUGAUAUCCUUACACAGCUCUCUGGUCUUGGCCAUUGUGGGGAGGUUGGAGUCUGUUUGAUUGUGUGGACAGGUGUCUUUUAUACAGUUAACGAGUUCAAACUGGUGCAGUUAAUACAGGUAAUGAGUGGAGAACAGGAGGGCUCUUAAAGAAAAACUAACAGGUGUGUAAGAGCCGGAAUUCUUACUUUUUGGUAGGUGAUCAAUGACUUAUGUCAUGCAAUAAAAUGCAAAUUAAUUAUUUAAAAAUCUUACAAUGUGAUUUUCUGGAUUUUUGUUUUAUAUUUCGUCACUCAAAGUUGAAGAGUACCUAUGAUAUAAAUUACAGACUUCUACAUGCUUUGUAAGUGUGCAAACCUGCAAAAUCGCCAGUGUAUCAAAUACUUGUUCUCCCCACUGUAUAGUACUUAUGAUUGCCUUGCAUAUUUAAAUUCAAAUAUAAGAUGAUGAUAAAUUUAAUUUGAUGAAACAAGCUGUUGUCAGGUUUAUUAAGGUUGUGAAGAUGAUAAUUAAGGGUGUCCUAUCCAAUUUGUUUGUAUGCAAGUUGUUAAAAAUUUUGCUACACUAAUGUUUUACAUAAAGUUUAAAAGAGACCUUGAAACAGUACUAGUACUACACAGCAGCUUGUUACAGCCAUUGUUUUAAAGCUCAUUAAGCUCUCAUUCUCUCUCUCUCUCUCGUGCGCUCUUUUUCUCUCAUUUGUUCAGAAGGCAAAUUACCACAUCCUUAAUGGUUCUUUCUUUUGUCAAAGUUUGAUACAUUCUGGAUAAUCCUUGUUCCUUUUAAAAAUAAAGGUGUUUAUUUGCA